UGCGGUCUACAAUUCAGUCGACAGUAGCAGCAAUACGUACAUGGUAGCUACAGGGCGUUCGGUCGGCUGUGAAUUUCUAUAAAAUGUCUUCUAAAGAAAAAGAAAUGGAGUCAAACACUUCCAACACUUUGGAAGUUGAGGAUGGUGGAGAAAAGCUUAAUAAGAGGGAAACAUGGUCAACAAAAAUGGACUUCCUCCUGGCCUGUAUCGGAUUUUCGGUGGGAUUGGGAAACGUGUGGAGGUUCCCGUACCUGUGCUACAAAAACGGAGGAGGAGCCUUCCUCAUCCCCUACCUGAUCUGUGUGGUAGUAGGUGGUAUACCACUGUUCUACCUUGAGGUGGCCGUGGGACAGUUUAUGGGAACCAGUGGACUUGGAGCGUGGAACAUCUGUCCUCUCCUUCAGGGUCUCGGUAUAUCAACGACGAUCAUUGUCUUCUUCCUCAACUGUUACUACAAUGUGAUUCUGUGCUGGGCGUUUUACUACAUGUUCAGUUCCUUUACCUGGGAACUGCCCUGGGCGACCUGUGAUAACUGGUGGAAUACCGAUCGCUGUUCCACAUUUUCCAAGGAGGCUGGGGCGACAAUCAACGCUACCAUCAGUAACAUCACCAGCAACACAACUGGACUGAAAAAACUGGACGCUGUCACGGAAUUCUGGGAACGGAAAGUGCUGAACAUUUCUGAUGGUAUAGAACACAUGGGACCAGUAAAGUGGGAUCUGGCCCUCACACUUCUGUUUGCCUGGAUCGUCGUGUAUCUCUGUAUUUGUAAAGGAAUUAAAUCUUCGGGAAAGGUCAUGUACGUCACUGCUACGUCACCUUACCUGUUUAUGACGGCCCUGUUGAUACGUAACUCGCUACUGGAGGGUGCUAUAGAUGGAGUCGAGUUCUACCUGAAACCCAACAUCACAAAGUUAUCCGAGAUAGAGGUAUGGGUGGAUGCUGGGACACAGAUUUUCUUCUCCAAAUCCCCGCAUGGUGUUACAGCGAGGCAGUUACUAAAUGUCUCUCUAUCCCCCAGGGACGCCAUUAUAUUUGCCCUAGCCAAUAGCGGUACGAGCAUUUUUGCUGGUUUCCUUAUCUUCACCAUAUUAGGACAUAUGGCAUUCUUACAGGAGACAACCGUGGACAAGGUGGCAGCUUCAGGUCCAGGCCUAGCCUUUAUAGCCUAUCCCAAGGCCGUGUCACUCAUGCCUGGAGCUCCUAUCUGGUCCGUUCUCUUCUUCUUGAUGGUGAUCCUCCUCGGUCUAGACAGCCAGUUUGUGGGGGUAGAAGGCGUAGUGACCGCUAUAGUUGACCAGUGGCCAAACUACCUGAGGCAAGGUUACAGGAAGGAAGUCUUCAUUGGUUGCGUGUGUGCUGUCUCCUACCUAGUGGGGCUCUCCAUGGUAACAGAGGGCGGAAUGUACGUGUUCCAGCUGUUUGACUACUAUUCUGGAAGUCGGAUUAUUUUGUUUGUUGCCUUCUUCGAAUGUGUAGCGGUCGCCUGGAUUUACGGUAUCAGACGUUUCUAUAACAACAUUGAAAUGAUGAUGGGAUACAAAAUCAAUCCUUUUAUGGGGAUCUGUUGGACUGUACUGUCUCCCAUCUUCUGUAUGAGUAUAUUCAUAAUGAGUGCCAUUAAUUAUGCGGAGCUGGACUACCGUCGGCCGGACUCCACGUACGUAUAUCCACAGUGGGCUGUAGGUAUCGGCUGGACCAUGGCCGGAUUUGCUGCUAUUUGGAUACCAUUGACCGCCAUAUUCAAAUUAUUCUACUACAGCCGAGAGCAUCCUAUAGGAGAGGUGGCACGUCGGAUGCUGAUGCCGUGUGGACUGCGACCUCACCAAUUCCGCCCCCAGGACAGAGGGGAGAUAAGUCUUGUAGAAUACUGGAAUGAUAAGGAUCUCCAAACAUUGGAGGGGAGACAAGCGAUCCCUCCAUCUGCACAAGUACCUAAACAAUAUAUAGACCAGACUCCGGAUAGGAGAUACAACGGAAGUUCGACUGGACAUCAAAAUCCAACAUUCUCAGACGAAACAGGCGGCGCAACAUUCACCAAACUUUAGACAUUGUUAUCAUAGGUCAAAGUUUACCAAAUUUUAGGCAUUGUUAUCAUAGGUCAAAGUUCACCAAACUUUAGACAUUGUUAUCAUAGCUCAAAGUUCACCAAACUUUAGACAUUGUUAUCAUCAGGUCAAAGUUCACCAAACUUUAGACAUUGUCAUCAUAGGACAAAGUUCACCAAACUUUAGACAUUUAGGCAUAGCUCAAUAAAUCACGGUAAAAUGUGUGGAUUUCGCGAGCUUGUUGGUCAGUACAUCAAUGUAUGGGUAAUAUUUCUGAUAGUUUCGUAUAAAUUAACAUUAUUGGAACAUGGAGGAGAUAAAGAGGAAGCUUAAUUACUAGUGCAAUGAUAUGGAUUAACAACAAGACAUUUAAUCUACCUUAAAUAAUGGAUUUUCAAAUAAUACAUGCAAUCUGCCUUGAUGAUUUUUUUUUUUUUUUAAUUAAAUUGCCGAUUUUAUCUCAGUUCCUUCCCUAACAAUGACAGACACAAAAAAAUCGCUAUUUCUAUUGUUACAUGUAUAAUAGUGACUAUAUUUUAUUCAUUGAUAUUAUUGUAAUAAAAUUAAUUGUAAUGUUUAUUUUUAAUAAUUGGUGUUUGUCUGAAACAAUGAUUCAAUUAUAGCAAUAUCUCUGAAAAAAUGAGAGUACAAAGCCAUUUCAUAGAACAAGUUGUCCAAACCAAACAUGCCAGAACAGGAUGAUAAAUGUUUGUCAAUAUAAAUUUGUGACAUAUCGUGCUCUAACCUUAUUCGAACACUUCAAUACGUUACAAGAAAACUGUUAAAGAUCGUUCUGUACAAAACUAGUAGACUAACUCUACUAAUACCGUGUUGUAACAUAAAACCUAGAUUUUAUCCAAAGAUUUAUAUUUUAUACAAGACCUGUAUUAAAAUAAAACACUAUAUAUUUUGUGUACUACAUGUUUUUGUUAUUUAACCGGAUGUGUACAAUAUAUGUCAGUCUGUUGUGUGGUCUCGCGAUAUUUCGCGAGAACAAUUUAAAGUCGCACAUAAUUUAAAAUGUGAUGCUAGAGAAUAGCAAUUGGGAGAUUCCACUUUAUAAGGCAGAAAAUGGCAUCGUCUAUGUGUUACAAUCGGGAGACACCGCUUUAUCGAGACUCCUUAAAAAGACAGAUAAUGACAUUGUCUAUGCGUUACAAUUGAAAGUAUGUCGUAUUCAGUGAUAAAAUUGUACUGAUAUUAAUUAUAAUGUUUAUUUUUGAUAAUUGUACAGCUGCUGUCAGCAAUUCAUCUUAAAUCCAUUGUUAAACUGACACGUUUUUUUCUAAAUUCAACAGAUUUUUUUCAGUACUUCACAAAAAUGAUUAAAGAGAAAACAUCACAAGUUUUCUCACAGCUGAAACAAACCCGAGGGGUGUUCAACUGUAACAUAUAAUGAUCUAACGUCCUUAUCCAUUUCCUAGCUUUAAGUGAUGUUUGCCAAAACAAUGAUUCCAUUUUUAGUAAUAUUAAUAUCUAUAUAGCAAAGAGUAAUAAAAGGCCGAAACAAUGAUCAAUUAUAGUAAUAUCUCUAAAACAAAGGAUAAAAGGCCGAAACAAUGAUCAAUUAUAGUAAUAUCUCUAAAACAAAGGAUAAAAGGCCGAAACAAUGAUCAAUUAUAGUAAUAUCUCUAAAACAAAGGAUUCACUAUUUUAUAGAACAACUUGUCCAAACUAAACAUGUCAGAUGAUAACUGUUUGUUUAUAUAAAUUCUAUAUAAUUUUUUUUAUAUAAAUGCUCUAACCAGAGACGUGUUUAUCAGACACGACACUGCUCUAACCUAAUUCCAAAACUUCAAUACGUAACAAAAAAACCGUUUAAGCUGUUUCUGUAGAAAACUUGUAGACUAACUAUACUAAUACCGUGUUGUAACAUAAUACUUAGAUUUUUAUCCAAAGAUUUUUAUUUUAUACAAUGACCUAUAUUAAAAUAAAACACUAUAUAUUUUGAAUAC